AUGUCUGAAAAUAUUAGAGAGAGCAUUUCAGCUAAAGCACCAUCUAAGGAUCAGAUGGAAGCAUCCUAUGUUAGUCUCAAGACUUGGAUCGAAGACUCUCUUGAUCUGUUUAAGAAUGACCUCCUUCCUCUUUUGUAUCCUCUGUUUAUCCACAUUUACUUCGAUCUGAUACAACAGAACAAGACUGACGAGGCAAAAGAGUUUUUUGAGAAGUACAGGAACGACCACUACAACAAGUCUGAAGAGAUCAAGCAGUUUGAAAGCAUUUACACAAUACAGCACAUUCACGAGAAUAACUUUGCUUAUACAUUCAAGAGCUCUAAAUACCACCUGUCCAUGGGAAGGUAUGCGUUUGAUCUCCUUAUCAACUUUCUUGAGGAGAGAAAUCUAACAUACAUACUGAAGAUACUUAACCAACAUCUGGAUAUCAAAGUGUAUGUUGGACCGAAGAGUGAAGACAGGCCUCAAGGUAUUGAAACGAGUGUUGUCGAUGCCGAGAUAGACCUGACUACAUUUCUGGUUUCCAGGGAAUGCGAGGAUGCAAUACUUGGAGAUGAGCAGUACAGGUAUGACCAUCUUGAGACGUAUGUACUACAGCUAAAGAAGCAAAGGGAAAUGAAGCCUAAGGAUUCGCCGUAUAAGCCCAAUGCAUCACAAAUAAAUGCGGAAAUAGAGAAGUUAAAGGAUCUGUGCAAAAGAGUAGCUGUGAACAAGAACAACCUCCCCAGUAUAUGUUGUUACACGAUACAUAAUACUUACGAAGGCCUUACAGCGGCAGAAAUCAGCAAUGACCUAAAGCUAAUGGCAUGCGGGUUCAAGGACAGCUACAUAGAAAUAUACUCACUAACCAACGAUCCCUUGAAGAAGCUUAAGAGCAGCUCUGAACUUGCAAAGUCGGACAUCAAAACCCUGAAUGAGGAGAAGUUUGAGGAGGUUGGAAACAGCUACAAGCUUAUUGGGCAUUCCGGGCCUGUGUAUGGGUUAAAGUUCUUUUCCUCAAACAAGUUUCUUGUUUCAAGCUCCCAAGACUGUACUGUAUGCCUGUGGAGCCUUGAUCUUCUAUGUCUGCUUGCUGUCUAUAAGGCCCACGCAUUUCCUGUAUGGUGUGUCGAUGUGGCACCAAACGACUACUUCUUUGCAAGCGGAGCAGGCGAUAGACAGGCCAUUAUAUGGUCUGUUACAACCUCAAAGCCCGAAAGGCUUAUAAUCUCCUCUCUUAGUGAUGUAACUGCUGUGAAGUUCCACCCGAACUCGAACUACCUAUUUACAGGGUCUUCAGACCAUAGAGUGAGGAUGCAUGAUAUAAACACGGCGUCCGUUGUAAGGAUAUUCUGUGGACAUACAGAUACAGUAACAUGUAUAGAUGUUUCUCAUUGCGGUAAGUUCCUGGCGAGCGGAAGUAAGGACAGAGCAGUACUUCUCUGGGAUAUUCAGAGCUCGAAGCUCUUAGGAAAGUAUGUGGGCCACGAGAAUACUGUGUUUUCUGUUUCCUUCUGCUUUUAUGGAAGCGUCCUCGCUUCUUGCGGUGCAGACAACAGCGUUAGGCUUUGGGACAGAACCGAUCACAAGGGAGGAUGUCUGGGGACAUACUAUACCAAAAGCACACCUCUUCUAUGUGUUAAGUUUGGAUACAGAAAUAUAAUAUCGUGCGCAGGCCCCUUCAUAAGCUAG